AUUGACUUUGAUUUCGCAUUACUUAUCAUGUGCUCUUUUAGAUAUUAUCCCAAGAAACCAGUGAAUGCCUUCUUAAUGUGGAUAAAUUCCGCCGGGCGCAAGUACAUAAGAGCGAUGCAUCCCGGGAUCAGUCCCCAGGAAGUGUUUGUGAAGGGCAGUGAGAUGUGGGGAGCCAUGGUCGAUGAGGAGAAGUUCGUGUGGCAGGAGGCGGCACGCACGGCAAUGGCCGAUUACAAGAAGAAAUUGGAGAAGUGGAAUACACACAAAGAGCAGUCGGAGGUAUGUCUUUCGCAGACGUAUCCCCAUAACUAUGAAGCUCAGUUGUCCUCUCGAUUCUAGAAACUACCCAAACGGAUGAGACGGUGGAUCGAUCUGCAUGAAGUGCGUUUAAACGUAAACGUUUUGUUGGGUCAUGCAGCCAAAACUGUG